AUGAAUAUUUUAUUGGAUCAACUGCUGGCCCGUCCACCGCCAAUAGAGCAACGGAGUAUUUUUGCCGAUGCCCUGUCGCCAGGGAUGCUCUCGGUGUUUGACAACGAUGGACAAGGGCCGAGUCGAUCGCCUGAAGAAGAGACCGAGGUGAAGCCCUCCCCGGGAAUUCUCUGCGAAGUUUGCGGUGAUUUCGCUACGGGUCGGCAUUAUGGUGCGAUUGCCUGUAAUGGAUGCAAAGGUUUCUUUCGCCGGACCAUCCGCCGUGGCUACAAAUACACAUGUCGAUUCAGUUCCACGUGUGUUAUCGAGAAACACAACAGAGCCGUAUGUCGUUUCUGCCGAUACACAAGAUGUACAAGAGCAGGGAUGAGGGUUGAGGCCGUUCAACACGAGCGCGACUCAAUCGGGAAACGGCCAAAACCGGGGCCACUUCGGCGGACGGUUAGCGAGAAACCAAGAAUAUCUGUCGAUGAAUCGAGAGCUUCAACAUCUAGGAAUUCUACGCCAGAAUUUGAUGGGAAGGGAAGGGAUUGGAAUAGUCCCAAGUUCCUCCUCGACCAGCUUCUCUCCUCAGAAAAUAGUAUCCAAAAUAUGCGCGAAUCCGUCAUCAAGGAGACCAGUAGAGCAAAGUUCCAAAAAAAUUCGGAGGCCUCCCCUACAACCCCUAGAACCGCUGAUAUUGAUGACAUUUUCAUCUCUUUAUACACGCAGCUCCAAUUGGUGAUAGUAUGGGCUCGUACUCUGGGGCCGUUUGAGGCUUUGAGCACUGAUGAUCAGAAAUGCCUGCUCAAAAACUUUGCCGCUCAACACGUCGUCCUUUGCGUGGCGUAUCGCUCGAUGGACGGAGGGGAUUUCUUGAAGCUGCUGAAUGACAGCUGUAUCCCAAGGCCGAAAGCUGGUGGCCAAGCAAUCACGGACAUCUAUUUCCGUGAUUGUGAACGGGUAAUGGAUCAACUCGUCGCCCCUAUGCGUACCCUACAGAUGGAUGAUGUCGAAUUUGUGGCCAUGAAGACUUCUGUACUAUUUGAUCCUGUGGCGAAGGGCCUGUCAAAAGAAGCCUCGACGAAAGUGUUGGCUUGUCGUCGCCAGGUCUACGCGGCAUUAGAAUCGUACGUGAAGAAGAAAAAUCCGGAAGAUAAAGCGAGGCUUGGAGAUAUUACGUUUUCGAUAUUGACCCCGUUGCAGUCGAUUGCAAACGUUCUCUCCGAAGACAUCUUGGUGACAAAACUUUCUGGAGCAGCUGUCAUCGACCAGCUAAUGGAGGAACUGAUUUUAUCCGAUGCUGAAGAACAGAAAUGCAUCAAGGCGAGGAGGGAAGACCUAAAAUCCGAAGCUUCUGUCUCGACAACCAGCCCCGAUUCGCCACCGGAAAUGACGGAAACAGCGCAUAUUCAUGCGAAUCCGUUUGCGAGAAGUGCUGUAGAUUUGACUCCUGGCCCUUCCGCUCCGCUGCACCAUCCAUUUUCCCUGAACCACCACAACCACCCGACCCAUUUCCUGCCCGAUCCAACCCCUCAACUGCCAGCCAACAAUAUCCAAGCUCCAACAUUCUUCAACUCUAGCCCGCAAUGGAAUAACGAUUCGAAGAUGUAUUUC